UCGGGGUCGCGGAUCAGAGCGGCAGGUGGUCUGACGCUUUAAGGACUGGCCUGCCCCGAAGCGGAGACAUCCCACGGGACACGGACACGGGGCCCACGGAUGGCGCGCCGGCCCGGCCCCCCGAGGAGACCAUGAUCCCGGCCGACCUCCCGGGCGCCCCCGCGUUCUCGGGCGAGGCCCCGCCCUCUUCCUCCCGCGCCCGGGGGAGCCCCGGGGGGCGGCGGGACCGCCCCGCAGCGUGAGGCCCGGCCCACAGAGCAUGCCCCCGCGAGGCCGCGCCCUCCCGCCUCUCCGUGGAACCGCGAGCUCCGGGGCCGCGGCGCCCGCUCCUCUGCUCGCCCGGUGCCUUCCGCCCGCCGGCCGCGCGCCCUGCUGCUCGCCCAUGGCUGGGCCCGGCCGGCCGCGGGCGCGACCAUGAGGCACUGCCUUGACUGCGGCGUCCCGCUGCUGCUGGACCACACGCACCAGCCGCGGCCGGGCGGCCGGCCGGGCCCCCCCUCCGGCCCCCCGGAGCGCCCCCCGCGCCCAGGAGACCCCGGGGCCGCGUCCCGCGCGGACGGGAGGCCGAUGAACCUGCUGGCCGUGCUGGAGGGGCGGCCGGACGGCGGCGAGGCCUGGGGCGGCUGCUGGCGCCGCGGGCGGGGGCGGCGGUGCAGCCUGGCCGUCGGGCUGGCCAUCAUGACCUUGGUGACGGCCUCCUACAUCCUCUCGGGGGCCCGGCAGGAGCUGCUGCUCGCCUCGCCCUUCCGCCUCGGAGCCUUCCCCGGCAGCCCUGGUCCAGGCGGCCCGCUGGGCGGCGAGGGCCCGGGCCCCGCCAAGGAGCCGCCCCCGCCGCCUGCCGGCAACCUCUCGGCGGCCAGGGACGCCCCGGGCCUGCGGCUGGUCCUCGACAGCAUCGCCGCCAGGAUCGCCUUCACCGCCCGGCAGCUCCCGGGCGCUGCCGCCCUCCGCAGGCAGGAGCCCCACAUGUUCGCGGUCAUCCCCAGGAAGUUCCUGCCGGGCAGCCGCAGCCCGUGCUGGUACGAGGAGUUCGCGGGGCCCAACACCUCGGACCCGUACCUCGCCAACUCCUACGCCCUCUACUCCCGGCGCUUCCGCACCACCUUCGACGCGCUGCGCAAGGCCUUCUGGGGGCAGCUGGCCCAGGCCGCCGGCCGCCGCUACCGCCUGCGCUGCCUGCCGCGCUUCUACGUCAUCGGGCAGCCCAAGUGCGGCACCACCGACCUGUACGACCGGCUGCGGCUGCACCCCGAGGUGCAGUUCUCCGCCAUCAAGGAGCCCCACUGGUGGACGCGCAAGCGGUUCGGCAUCGUGCGGCUGCGGGACGGGCUGCGGGACCGCUACCCCGUGGAGGACUACCUGGACCUCUUCGACCUGGCGGCUCACCAGGUCCACCGGGGCCUGCAGGCGGGCGCCGCCGGCAGGAGCAGCCGCAUCGUCAUCGGGGAGGCCAGCGCGUCCACCAUGUGGGACAACAACGCCUGGACCUUCUUCUACGACAACAGCACGGACGGCGAGCCGCCCUUCCUGACGCAGGACUUCCUCCACGCCCUGCAGCCCGACGCCCAGCUCAUCGUGAUGCUCAGGGACCCCGUGGAGAGGCUGUACUCGGACUACCUGUACUUCGCCUCCUCCAACAAGUCGGCCGAGGACUUCCACGAGAAGGUGACGGACGCACUGCAGCUGUUCGAGGCCUGCCUGCUGGACGCCUCGCUGCGGGCCUGCGUGUACAACAACAGCCUCAACAACGCCAUGCCAGUGCGGCUGCAGGUGGGGCUGUACGCCGUGUACCUGCUGGACUGGCUCGACGUGUUCGACAGGGACCAGCUGCUCGUCCUGCGCCUGGAGGACCACGCGUCCGACGUCAAGGCCACCAUGCGGAGGGUCUGCCAGUUCCUUAGCCUCGGGCCGCUGAGCGAGAAGCAGGAGGCCCUGAUGACCCGGAGCCCCGCCUCCAACGCCCGGCGCCCCGAGGACCGCAGCCUGGGGCCCAUGUGGCCGCUCACCCAGCGGCUCCUGCGGGACUUCUACCGGCCCUUCAACGCCCGGCUGGCCCAGGUGCUGGGCGACGAGGCUUUCGCCUGGGGGAAGACGUGAGGCCGGCCGGCAGGCGCCCGGGUUGCAGGCUCC